AUGCCGCGAGGACGCCGAAAGGCAUGCAAGGCUGUGAAGAAGAAGUUCCAUGCCCUGGACCGGAGCGGCGAUGGCAAGCUCGAUUUCGAAGAGCUGUCCGUUCUGCUACGGAGCGGGGACAGGCAUUUGAAGGACGCAGAGAUUCGUCGACUGUUCGGAAAAAUCGAUCAGAACAACGAUGGGAGGAUCGAUUUUGCAGAGUUCUGUGAUUACAUCUUCGAGCUGGAAGAUGAUGCGAAGCGAGCCCCGCCUGAAGUCGAGGCGACCUUCGACGUGUUCAGUGGCUUCAAUGACAUGAUGACCAUGUCUGAGUUCGCGAAGCUGUGCAAGGAUUGCUGCUUGCACAAUGCGGCCUUCAAGCCAACCGAUGCCGCCAUCUUAUUCUCCAAGGUGAAGCCAAGGGGCAAGCGCGAGUUAGGGAUGGAACAGUUCUUGGAAGCGCUGGACUGUGUAGCCGAGAAGCGGGGUUGUGAAGUCAGCGAGGUCCACAAGGCGAUAACCAUCGCAUUCCAGGAGGCUUCCACAAGUGGCGGCUGGGCCAGUGUAUCUGUGAAAGAGCUCGAGGCCCGUUCGCGCGCAAGGAAGCCGUCUGAGGCCAGAUGGGAGGAGCGAGACGAAGGCCCACCGGUCAAGGCCUCACCCUCGCGUCUCUCCGCCGACGAACGCCGGGAGGGCCUGCUACUGGACUUGUUCCUGGAGCACUCCGUUGGUCGUCAUGGCGGCAUGGAGUACGACAUCCUCCUGACUUUCUUGCAGGAUGCGGGCUUCCUGCGUCGUGGCAUCGCGGAGCAUCACGUGAAGCAGUGGUGGGAGGAUCUGGUUCACAAGGUGGAGCAUCGAGGGCGUGUCGGAGGCAGAUCUGUGUAA